UUGAAGGGGGGAUUAGCUAGCUGGCGCCAGUGAGGCUAUGGCAGGCUGUUCCAGUCAUGAGUGAGGAGUGAGAUUGUUGUGUUGUUGAGUUUUCUGGGGUCACGGUCAGUUUGACCAUUUUCAGUCUUUGAAAGAGAAGCUGCUUAUUUCACUGCAGCUUAAAGUGUAGCCUUACCGAUUAAAUAACAAGCUGGCUAGUGCUAUGUAUCUCCCAGACCUGUGCAGUGUUUAGCCAGGCUAUCUUUUCUAGCUAGCUAUCAGUUAAAUACAGUGAACCACAGCAGCAGGUUAACUCAGUUACCUUACUGGUUCUUAACCUCGGUUAUAAUGGUUUAUUCACUCCUGUUGAGAAGUGGCAGGACUUCACACUGUGUACAGCACUUACUGAAGCGUGUAAACAUCCCCCCAUCUCUACAGGUGUCACCUCUGCAGGUGAAUAACCCUGUUUUAAUCCAGGUAAAGUUCAAUAACUUGCCCUUAACUCGGUGGACAUGCCUGCCUCGCUGUGUUGGUGUUCAGACUCGAGGUUUCCACGCUGGAGGUCAGUGCAGAAAUGCGAGUGACCCUGAGGGACAGGGCAGGGGUCGAGAUCAGGUAUCAGUCCACAAGAGCCAGGCCUCCUCUGGAGUCUCAGCUGCACAGAAAGUCAAACAAGCUGGCAAAGAUUUUACCUAUCUGAUAGUGGUGCUCAUUGGUCUUGGAGUUACAGGUGGACUUCUUUAUGUCAUCUUUCAAGAACUGUUUUCAUCAUCCAGUCCAAGCAAACUCUAUGGGAAAGCUUUUGAAAAAUGCAGAUCACACCCAGAGGUAAUUGGAGCUUUUGGUGAGCCCAUCAAAGGCUAUGGUGAGACCACUCGCCGGGGUAGGAGACAACAAGUUAGCCAUAUUGAAUACGUGAAGGAUGGCCAGCAGCACAUGAGGCUGAAAUUUUACAUUGAGGGUUCAGAGCCAGGACUGCACGGAACUGUACAUUCAGAGGCAAAGCAGAAUCCUGAGACGGGGAGAUAUGAAUUCCGCUACAUAUUUGUGGAUAUAGACGCCUAUCCCAGGAGGACAAUCGUGAUUGAAGAUAACAGAUGAGAUGGUUUUUCAGUGAAUCCUGAACAGAUAGAAACCUCUUCAAGCUCCCAGUGGAACUCUUACGGUGAACUUGUUUGUAUAAAGCUAGGUUUAUGUGUAGGGUAAUGAUUUCAAAAUGGCAGUAUUUCAAAUAAGCAUUAGGGGGAGUUCAGGUUUUCUUGCCUUCAGAUGUCAUAUCCUGGUCAUUUUUGUGAAUACAAUUAUAUCUAUGUACACUGUAGGACCUGAAUCAUUUUUAAAGAUUUUUAAUUAACUCAAAUUCUAUGCAUUUACACCGGGCAUCCACAUUGCUUACUCUCAGGUCAGUGGUCAGUUUGACUGCCAUUAAAUGGGCCCAUUUACUACUGCCACAUUUCAUUCAUAUGUCAUUCUGGGUAAUUUCAUUCACUAUAUUAAAGUAACUGCUUCCAGAUAAGCAAAGAAAAUGAACUCACUCACAUGCUUGCAAACUGCCUUAUUUGCACUGGUCCUUGGCCAGCUUCAAAUAAUACAUAUUAAGAUCUGUUUUACUUCAUGGAUGUGAGCAUUGAUUUGCCAUUCAGUAAUAUUGUUUUAUUACAAUAAUAAGAAAUAAUGGCCAUAUUUGAAUUUUGAU